AAACUGCUCUUUUCAACUUCCCAACACUGUGGACUGAGAGAUAGAGACAGCUGGCGCCCUCGCCAUGGUGUUGCCGCCCCCGGACAAACGUCACGUGUGUCUCACCACCAUUGUCAUCAUGACCAGCAUGGCCUUUAUGGACGCCUACCUGGUGGAACAGAACCAGGGCCCCAGGAAGAUCGGCGUGUGUAUCAUUGUGCUGGUGGGAGAUGUGUGUUUUCUCAUUGUGCUGCGCUAUGUGGCUGUGUGGGUGGGCGCUGAGGUGCGAACCGCCCGCCGAGGCUAUGCCAUGAUCCUCUGGUUCCUCUACAUAUUUGUCUUGGAGAUCAAGCUCUACUUCGUCUUCCAGAACUGCAAAGCGGACAGGAAAAGUCUGGAGACAGUAGCCCGGAAGGCUCUCACCUUGCUGCUGUCUGUAUGCGUGCCAGGUCUCUACCUAGUCCUGGUUGCUCUGGACAGCAUGGAGUAUGUGAGAACGUUCCGGAAGAAGGAGGACAUGCGGGGCAGGUUGUUUUGGGUAGCUCUGGACUUACUGGACCUGCUCGACAUCCAGGCCAACCUUUGGGAGCCCCAGCGGACCGGCCUGCCCAUCUGGGCAGAGGGCCUUAUGUUCUUCUACUGCUACAUCCUGCUGCUCAUCUUGCCCUGUGUGUCCCUUAGUGAGAUUAGCAUGCAGGGCGAACAUGUGUCGCCACAGAAGAUGAUGCUAUACCCUGUCCUCAGCUUAGUCACCAUAAAUGUGGUUACCAUUCUUAUUCGCGGUGUCAACAUGGUGCUUUUCCAGGACAGCCGUGUUUCCACCAUCUUUGUUGGUAAGAACGUGGUGGCUAUUGCCACCAAGGUCUCGACGUUCCUGGAGUACCGUAGGCAGGUAAAGGAGUUCCCUCAUCCUCAGAAUGCCAUGGCACUGGAGCUGCAGCAAAACUCGAUAAGCCACACGCAACCGCUGCCCAACGCCACAAGCUUGCCCCACGAACCCUCGCCUGCCCAGGACAUUAUUGACACAUGACCGCCAGCACUGGAUUCACCAGGGACACACCACAGCUGUGGCUGAGUUACUGAGCCCUCAGAUUCAAUUUGGAAUGUUUGUAACGGGAUGGUUUUCUGCUCCUGUCAGGAGAACGUAAACUGUGGAAAUACCAGUGGAAUAUUUCCAGCCUAGCCUGUUUCUGGAUGGUUAUACUCCCCUUUAUUAUGAGUAAAAGGACAUGAUGUUUUUAUUGUAUUGCAUUUUUUUUAAGUACCUGAAAUUAUCUUUACAUUUGGUGACCUUUAAUUGUGUAAAUUGGACAAUACGUUCCUUCACAUAUUUUGGAAACAACUUUUCUUUUUAAAUCAACUGAGAGUACCUCUCACCUUGAACAGAAAAUGUAUUUGAAGUGGUAGACCAGGAGGUGAUUGUCAUGAAAAUCAAUCAUUAGGGUUUAUUUGUGUUAAAUUGUGUAAAAGGUGUUUUAGAAUUCAGCCUCUGCUUGGUUCAGCUGAGAAUGGAUCUGGAGCUUGCGACCUCUGUCAGUGUAACACUUUACAACCAACAGGACGCAUCAGAACUCUACAAUCUACUCUACAAGUCUGAGCGUGUGUGUGUGUGUUUGUGUGUGUAUUUCAAAUUGUAUUUGGAUUUGUGUUGACAAAUGCAAUUAGUAAAAGAGUGCAAGAGAGGUUCAUUUGUGUUGAUGUCAGUAAUACUGAUGGGAAUUUUUUUUUUCUGUUAUGGUACAUUCCUCCACAACUAAGCCUUGAACUCAGAGAAUGCAGAAAA